UUUCCCCGCCGCCCUGGCAGCGGCGGUGGCGCGGCGGGCAUGGCAGAGAUGCGUUCGGGGCCAGUGGCCGGGCCACAGCUCAACGCGCUGCCGGACCACUCGCCGCUGGUACAGCCGGGCCUGGCGGAGUUGAGGCGCCGAGUGGAGGAGGCGGGCGUCCCACAGACCCCGCACCCGCUCACAGACGCCUUCUUGCUGCGCUUCCUGCGCGCCCGGGAUUUCGAUCUGGACCUGGCCUGGCGGUUACUGAAAAACUAUUAUAAAUGGCGAGCAGAAUGUCCAGAAUUAAGUGCAGAUCUACACCCUAGAAGUAUCAUUGGACUUUUGAAGGCUGGCUACCAUGGAGUGUUGAGGUCCAGGGAUCCCACCGGCAGCAGGGUUCUUAUUUACAGAAUUGCGUCCUGGGACCCGAAAGUUUUUACAGCCUAUGAUGUGUUUCGUGUAAGUCUGAUCACAUCCGAGCUCAUUGUACAGGAGGUGGAAACUCAGCGGAAUGGAGUCAAGGCCAUAUUUGACCUGGAAGGCUGGCAGAUUUCGCACGCUUUCCAGAUUACCCCAUCUGUAGCCAAAAAGAUUGCUGCUGUACUUACAGAUUCCUUUCCAUUGAAAGUUCGUGGCAUCCAUUUGAUAAAUGAACCAGUCAUUUUCCAUGCUGUCUUUUCCAUGAUUAAACCAUUUCUGACUGAAAAGAUUAAGGGCCGGAUUCAUCUGCAUGGGAACAAUUACAAAUCAAGCCUGCUUCAGCACUUCCCAGACGUUCUUCCUCUGGAAUAUGGUGGUGACGAGUUCUCCCUGGAGGAUAUUUGUCAGGAGUGGACAAAUUUUAUAAUGAAGUCUGAAGACUAUCUCAGCAGCAUUUCUGAGGCCAUCCAAUGAGAAAUUAUUUCCUGUGCAUGACUUCGUCAUUAAAAAUCUAAGGAUGGGAUCCUAUUUGGUUACUAAAUUCAAGAGCAAACCUUCAAAUUGAAUUGAUGCUUAUCUGAUCUUUAAACAUGCAACAUGGAUAUCUGGGGAAUGUUUUAACUUUUACAAUGCUCUGUUCCUGUUGAAUUAAUUAAUGUUAGAAGAGAUUCCUGUUUACAUGUGAAGAGAAAACAUAGAUACAUCUAAAGUACCUGUUCCACUGUAUCUUGGUAUGGUUUGGGAAUUCAUUUUAAACAAAAUUUUAUAAUCACAUUGUUUAAUACUAGAUUGAUGACUAGUCCACUGCAAAGAAAUACUGUGCAUAUCAACUGAUGGUGAAACAAUAUUAGUGCUCAGUUGAGGUUGAUGUCAGAUUAUAAUUCAGAUUGCAAUGUGAAUACAGCUUUAUGCCAGCAGGAUAGUUUAUCUCAGGAAAAUCCCACUUUAGCAUAUGCACAACAGAAGCCUUUGAAUGUAAGUUUACAUGCCACCGUGUUGUAUGCAAUGAAAUCACUGUAACUAAUAAAAAUGAUUUAAAACUUUAGAAAAUAUUCUGGGCACAGCUGAUGGUUUCUUCCACAGUUUUGUGUUUUCAAAUAAGUAAAGAAUAUAAUUGUGGCUUCUGAUUAUGAUUUAGACAUGGAAGUAAAGGUACAUGUCUUUUACGAGGACUGCUUAUACUUGAAAAACCUAACAGAACUACACAAAAGAAAGGAAGUGUUUACAUCAUAUUUAACCAUCACCAGUUGUAGCUAGCAGUUUUCAGAUUAUUCAUGAAAUAAUUUGAGUUUUAGUAUUAUCUCAGAAUAUUCUAAGUCCCACAAUUCAUGUUCAGUUUAGACAGUCAGUAGGUGGAGUGUGCUGUCUGUACCACAGUGCUGCUCAUUUUAUAAGACUUACAUUCAUUGAGAAAGAUGUAAUCUUAUCCCAUAUUCAGUACAGUCUUAAAUUUCUGACAUAAUUUUUAUACUUAAUGUUUUCUAAUUAAUUUUAUUUUAAACUUGAAAGAAUACAAGGUAGGAAGUUUAUUGAAUAUGUGUUCAAUAUUAGUCAUAUAAUAGUAUCUUUGUGCAAGGAUAUUUUUCAUUGCACAGGGUGUUUUUCUUUAUAAGAAAAUGAGUCUAAUCAGAUGAGCUGAUACUUAUGAUUCUCUGUACAUAUAAUUCUGGCAAAAUCAAAAGGAGGUGCAGAUGUUCGUAAGAGAAUGUGUAUAAUUUUGAGUAGCAGUUAGAUGUUAAUUUUACUAUUUAAUUUUACUAAAAUCUUUCUUUUUAAAAAAACAUUAGUCUUUACCAAAUCAUAAAAUUAAAAUUGUGUAAACAAAAAUAAUAGAAAAUCAGUUAAGGGAAUAAACAGAAACAAAACACCUCCCGCUUUUCAAACUUUAAAUCACAGAAGGAAACUCAGAUAUCACUUUAUUUACAUGUGGCUGUUCAAUCACUUGCCAUGAUUCUGUGGAGGAAUGGUAUAUUAAUAUAAAGACUAAUGUUUUAAAUGUCUUUUAAUGUGUACAUUAGUGAAGUAAUAAUGGACUGAAUUUUAAAAUGUCAAUCAAUGUAAGCACAUUCUAUAAUGGGGCUUUGAAACUUUUACAAAAUGAAGCAAUUCUAUGAAGAACAUUGAUGAACAAUGUGAAUAAAUAGUUUUGAAAAGUUCUGGGCAAAUAACUGGAAUUCUGUAUGUGGCUUCACUGCAUUUGUACCAGAAGCGUUUUCUGAAAGGUGAAUUCCAUACAUGUUUACUGUGUUGUAGAACUUCACAAUAAUUUGUUUUAAUAUUGUUAAAAAUAAACAUCUUUCUCAUAGACCAUGGUGUUAAUUUUUUUCAUUUAAAAUGUAAAUGAGGCAUUCUUUUAAAAAAUGCUUUUCAUUCAGAAAAAAAUUAAGCAAAAAUGUACUACUUCUUAUUGCCCAUUGUAUGACUGUUGAUUCCUUUCUUUUUAAAUUUUAGGUACAGGGUGCUUUUGCCUGCUGCUGUGCUUCCUUUGGUGUGGUUUGCUGUGUCCAGAACAGACACUGCACCAUAUGUUCUGCUCUGUCCUUGAGUUAUUUGUCUUUGAAAUUCAUGUGCAGUUUUACUUGGAGAGUAAAAAACACCUAAAAAAAAAUAAAACCUAUUAAACAAA